AUGGACCUGUGUGUGACCAUCAAAGGCGUCUCCUUCCUCUUGCAAACAGGUAUGGGCAUCUUGGGGAACAUAGUGGUUCUGCUGGCUUACGGCCACAUCAUCUUCACCGAGCCCAAGCUGCUUCCUGUGGACAUGAUCCUGUGCCAUCUAGCCCUUGCCAACCUCAUGCUGAUGCUGACCCGUGGUGUGCCACAGACCAUCACGGUGUUCGGCCACACCAACCUGUUCAACGACCCGGGCUGCAAGGUGAUCAUUUUCAGCUAUCGCAUCAGUCGGGCGUUGUCAGUGUGCAUUACCUGCAUGCUGAGUGUGUUCCAGGCGGUAACCGUCGCCCCCGCUGGGUCACACUUGUCCAGGCUGAAGCUUUCCCUUCACUCCCUGGUACUUCCCACCUUUGCUGGACUCUGGUUGCUCAACUCGGCCAUAUACUUUCAAACUUUUUUUCAUGCGAAGGCCCCACGUAAUGGCACCAUCCCCGCCUUCACCAUCAAUGUGGGCUUCUGCCACGUGGACUUCAGAAACAGCCUGACCUACAUCAUAAAAGGAGUAUUAGCCUCUGGAAGGGAUUUUUCCUUUGUGGCCCUGAUGGUGGCCUCCAGCGUUUACAUGCUCCUGCUGCUCCAUCGCCACAGUCGCCAGAUGAAAGCAAUCCGUCGUUCCCAAGGCAGUGGGGCGAAAACCAGAGCAGCCAAGACUGUGGUUACCCUGGUGGUCCUGUAUGUCUUCUUCUUUGGUAUCGAUAAUGUGAUCUGGAUCUACAUGCUGACUGAAACCAAGGUACCCCCGGUGGUGGCUGACAUGAGAGUGUUCUUCUCCUCCUGCUAUGCUUCCCUCAGCCCGUACUUCAUCAUCUCCUCCAACAAGAAGGUCAAAGCCAAAAUCAUAUGUGUGGCCGAGCAAGACCAACCAGCAUCAAUGGACACUCAGGCGUCACAUGAUAAAUGACUUUCUUUUUCUUGACGCUUUUAAAUGUCCACCUCCUACCACUGAGCUUUACUGUCUCAUAGAUAACCAAAUCACAAGUAGCUAUCUUUCCAAAAUGUACACUUUGAGUUAUUGUUUUUAUUCU